GUCACUGAUGACAUCAUUUCGCAGACACCAUGACUGAGACGGUUCUGAAAGAAGGCUUCAUCAAGCAUCGUCAGAAACCGAAGAAAUGGAAAAGCCGUUAUGCCGUGCUGCGAAAGGUGUCUCCAGUCACAGAUCGCCUGCGGAUGGUUCUCUACAAGGACCAGAUGAACUCUAUUGCUCACGAGGGUAAGGAGAAGGCCGUCGUUCAACUGGACGAAUUCUGUGGGCUCGAGGCCGGUCUGAAAGUCGAUUCGGAGCGACACGUCGUGGCCAUUGUGACGAGCAACGAGACACAUUGCCUGGCUUUCCGCAAUGAAGUCGAGAUGCGUCAGUGGGCUGACGUGCUGAGAGACCACCUUGGGCUCGAAUGGGUUUUCCAAGUCAACGUUGCUCAAAAGCACAAGCUCCUCAAACAAGGAAUGGCCCAGUUGCGAUUCUGCGUCAACUUUGUUUCGAUCACGGCUGGGAAUCCGCCCGUGUGCCAAGGUAUCUGGCAGUUAUCCCAUCUUCGUAAGUACGGAGGCUCUGAGAUGAGUUUUUCGUUUGAGGCCGGGAGCCAAGCAAUGGGGGGAGAAGGAGUAUACUGUGUUGAAACAAAAUACGGCAAUCAGAUCAAGGAACUUUUAGACUGUGUGGCACAGCAUAAGCCGCUUCCUCGGCCGGAGAGUCUUCACAGCAGGACGUCGGCGGACAGAUCCAGCACGGUUCGAGAUUUCUACGUGAAUGUGCCUGCUUUUGCGGGAAAGAAAGAUGUCGAUUCGCGUACUCCUGUGCCUUUGUCUGCCGUGUCGUCGCCAGUGAGGGUGGAUGCGACAUACACAAAUAUGCCGUCGCCUGGAGCUUCGUCAUAUCAGAAUGUCGUCAUGGAUGUUGAUCCUGGAAGUCAAGGGACACGUCCAUCAAUGCGAGAAGCAUUGCCGUCGUUGGCGUACGAAAACACCGACAUGGUAAGAGUAUACAGACACGUGGAUCAAGUGCCUGGUGCGAUGUCGUACGUCAACGUUGGUAACAAACGUGGUUCCCGAACUUCGAGCCGACAUUCCGCCUCGUCGUCCACAUUACCGGCUACACUGUCUCCCGGUGCUGAGGCACAGCUAAAUUAUAUCCCCGUCCAACCGGUUGUUGGCUCUCCGAAGGGCCGACAACGUUUCCCUUUGCAAGCAAAGAAAUCGACUACUAUUGAAUAUACAGAGGUGGAUAUCGCAAAGACACAGGCACUCAAUGCGUCAGUCAAGCAGCACGAUCUAUUGAGAGAACAGAGUUUAAGCCAGAUCAAAUCGUAAUUGUUUGGGUCAACGUCUGUGUGUGUGUGUGUGUGUGUGUGUGUGUGUGUGUGUGUGUGUGUGUGUGUGUGUGUGUGCGUGCAUUCCUUGAAAGACAUGGAUUGGUUGGUUAUAAUAUAAGAAUGCUGACCUGACCGCUGAUCACUCUAAUAGACUAUUGAUUGCAUGACUGAGAUUGCUAUUUUUGUGUCUUUAUUCAUUCAUAGUCGUUUGUAGAAAUCAAUAGAGGUUGUGCACAUGA